AUGGACCCUGCGAUGGGGAAUCGCGGCACGAAACGGUCGCUGGAGCUGUACCAGACUGAAGAUGAUGAUGUUGCUGAUGUGCCUUCUUUGACAGAAUUGCCUCCCUCAUCCUCUUCUGCGGCCGUACCGCGUCAGAAGCAUGGUGGUGGCCUUGGCACACCUUCCGGUGCAAUGACAGUCAUUAGUGGAUUUUCAGAUGAAAAUGAUCCUAUCGCCACUGUACUCAACAAGCACGGAUUGGGCUGGCCAGCAAAAUCCACCCUCAGCCGUUUGAAUUACACCCCAGAAGAAUCAUCUGCUAAUGAGGAAAAACUUGCAGGUGCUGUGCGCACUAUUCUUGAAUGUCUCGGUGAAGAUCCCGAUCGAUCAGGGCUGAAGGAUACCCCCAAAAGAUAUGCCAGGGCGCUUCUGUGGAUGACGAAAGGAUAUGAAGAGCGACUCUGUGACGUGAUUUCCAAUGCUAUUUUCGACGAAAACCAUGAUGAAAUGGUCAUUGUGCGUGACAUUGACGUAUACAGUUUGUGUGAGCAUCAUCUAGUGCCUUUCAAGGGUAAAAUACACAUUGGGUACAUUCCUAACCGUAUGGUCAUUGGUCUUUCGAAACUCGCACGCAUUGCUGAGACGUUUGCACGCCGACUCUCUGUCCAGGAGCGUCUCACUAGGCAAGUCGCUCUAGCAUUAAAUGAGGCUUUGAAGCCGCACGGUGUGGCUGUCGUGAUGGAAUGUGAACACAUGUGUAUGGCUAUGCGAGGUGUCCAAAAGCCUGGGGCUAACACGGUGACAAGUUGUAUGCUUGGUGUUUUCCGAAACCACGCAAAAACGCGAGAAGAGUUCCUGAGCUUGAUUCGUCGCUAA